ACAGAAGCGCUACCGUCUGCUCACUGACGCUGUCCGUGAGUAGGAACGUGCCCGGCGGCUGUGGUUCACGCCUCAGUACGGCGUUUUCUUCUACUUCACACUUUCUGUUUUUAAAACUUCUCAAUUUUCUCAACUGUGCUGAAGACGGACAAAAUUGUUUGAAAACUGCAAGAGACGAUUUUUAAUUCCCCUCUCCCCUGCGUCUGGUCAACCUGCGUCGCUUUUACUUGAUUGACUGGAAUUGAGAGUCCACUCCAAGUUGUCGCCGCGGUCUGUAACGUUUGGUGACUUUUUUUUUUUUUAAUUUUCUUACUGGACCCUUUUUGUGUGGAACAGAGCGAAAAACUUUGAACUGCAGACUCUGGACAUCACAACGUGUUGUUGUGUGCAGGAGGAGACAGAAACCUCACAAUACAACUACUUAAGUUGUUACCAAUGGAGCGCCAACCAACAGAUAGCCUGAAGAUUAUGUUCUUCUUGAUCAGCCUCCUCUUCACUGCAGGUUCAAGUGAAAAUGACCUCUUCUUGGACUUCUGUGGCACGUGGCGUCAUGGCAAGGGCUCUCUGAGCCUGAACAUAGACAUCUCUACAGGCUGUGAUGGGAUCUCGAUUUCAGCCAGUGAAAGCUCUCUGUCCAUCCAUGGGAAGAUCACAGCCCAGUGUAGGAGAUCUGAUGUAAUUCCCCUCAACCAAUUUGGACUUGAUUCAGUCGAGGACAGUCCUUUCUGUCUGUUUUGGGAGCCAUUAUUGGACCAGCUAAAGCUGCAGGUUGGAGAACACAGUCUUAUUCUGUGUUGGCCUGGCAGCCUGCUGGACACUUGCUGCACUGAUCUAAGUCAUGGCUCCAACACAGCUAAAGCCAAGUAUGGCAUCAUGAAUGGAAUGGUUAGAAAUGACGUUAUCACCGCUAAAAUACAGACAGCCUAUAACUUUGGAGGAAGGUCCACCAAAUGCAAAGCAUUAUGUGAUCAAGUAAGCCUGGAAUCCACCUAUUCAGACAAGCUUGAAGACACUGUGACGAGGAUGAAGAGCAUUGAACAUCCCUGCGCUUAUAGAGCUGAGGUGGAGAUGAAGGAAGGUUUCAGAGGCUCCAACAUCAUAUCACCUACAACUACAGGUGAAUCUUCAGAGCCUACUGCCACUGUCCAUCUCCCUCCUGCUUUAAAACAAGUUGCAAAAAAUAAUAACAAAGUAGUCUGCACUUUCUUCCGAAACAACUCCUUGUUCCAGGAGGGCUACAAGGAGGUUAAAGUUCUCAAUGAUGUGGUGGGAAUCAAUGUGGAGAAUGAGAUUAUCACUGAUCUUUCUGAGCCGAUAAGGAUUGGCUUUCACCACGAUGCUGUACCUAAAGUGCAACCAAGGAAAUGUGUUUCAUGGGACACCAGGAAAGAUCCUUUGCAGGUGAAAUGGUUGGUGGAUGGAUGUAAGACACAACAAAGACGAGCAACACACACCGAGUGUCUGUGUAACCAUAUGACCUAUUUCGCUGUGCUGGUGCAACUUGAGCCUCGACCAGUGCACCACCUUCUGGCACUCACCGCCAUUACAUCUUUGGGCUGCGCUGUAUCUUUCAUCAGCUGCAUUGCUCUCAUUAUUUUUCUCUGCAGAAAAAGGGGGCGAUCUAAGGAGCAGUCUAUACCCAUCCACCUGGGCCUAGCUGUGUCCCUAGCCUUCCUCAAUCUACUGUUUUUCUUUACGGCGGUCCUGGCCAACGUGGAAUGGGAGAGCAUGUGUGUCUGGGUGGGGGCAGUCCUCCACUAUGCCCUGCUCAGCUCCUUCUCUUGGAUGGGCAUAGAAGUGUUCCACACCUUCUGGUUGGUCUACGUGGUUUUUAACCCCUCCCCAAAGCCCUACAUUUGGAACCUGGUUGGCUUCAUUCUCCCUGCUGUUCCUGUUAUCAUCCUGGCUGCAAUAGGUGAUAUUUAUGGACAGAGAGAUGUGGUGCCAAGUGAUGACAUCUUCAAUCCUUAUAAGAUGUGCUGGAUGAAAGAGAACGACAAGGCUUUCCUGGCUCACAUUUGUACCAAUAUGACGAUCCUGGCCAUCCUGGUACCAUCGGGCAUCGUGAUGCUCUUCCUUGUGUACAGACAGAUCCGCAAAAGGGAUGAAUGGAAGCAGAACCGCGUAGCUUUCCUCAGCAUCUGGGGCCUCAGCUGCCUCUUUGGGACAACUUGGGGUCUGACCUUCCUGGAUUUUGGACCCGUCUCUGACUUCAUUGUCUUUCUCUUCUGUAUCCUCAACUCCUUCCAAGGUCUGUCAGUCCAGACUCUACUUGGGGUUUAAAAUUUGUUACACUCAGCUUAACAAACACAACUAUCAACUUGUGUGAACUAUUACUACUACUUUUUUUUCCCAAUUUAUAAUAAAACAUGUUAGGACAGAAACUUGCAUUUUUUGCAAUAUAUAAUGGUUUUAAAAUUUGACUACGUCGGCAAAACAAAAACAACCUCUGUGUAAACAAGUGUUUUAGCUUCGUUUCAAAUACAGCCAUUAUUUGCGUUUCUAGGUGCAUAUCCCAAUAAUUACUUACACUUGGCAUUCAGGUGCCAGUGUACAUAAAACGCAACUCCAGAGGUUACAGAAGCAAACAGGGUCAGCAGCAUUUUCAAAAGUUGAGUUUGAGUGAUUAUUUAAAGCUGGAAUAGUGCGAAAUGAAGAGGUCAACCUGGCUGAAGUUAUGCAACAUAAAAUGUAAAUGUAUAUUUAUAAAUCAGUUUUCGAGCAGGGGCUUUUUCAUUGUUGGCUCAGAGACUGAUGACAGUGUAUGUGGAGCCAGUGGUCCAUUGUAUCAGUGUGGGAAAGAGACAAUGGUCACAGUUAAUCAAGACUUUCUCUUACUGGUGCCUAUCAGAAGCACAGCUGCUUCCGCUCACGUGCAGCCUGCUUGUUUUUUUUUAUUCAAAUCCAAAC